CUUUAACCGGACUGGCUCCGCCCCCCUCGCCCUCUAUAUAAGUGGUGCUUUCAGGGACUGUCGCUCAGUUGGCCAUCUUAUCAUCAAACCCGUGACGAUCUCCACCUCGACAGUGUAACUGCGCGGCACCGCUUCGGGACUAAAACAUGGCGUCGGGUGUGACAGUGGACGACGCUGUUCUCACGAUUUUCAAUGACAUGAAGCUGAAGAGGCCAGUUGAUGUGGAUGGCAAGAAAAAGAAACUGAAGGCAGUGAUAUUUUGUAUGAGUGAUGACAACAAGAAGAUCGUUGUGGAAGAAGGACAGCAGAUCUACGAUGACGAUGUGGACUCAUUCAAGACCCUAAAGGAUAGACUUCCCAAGAAAAGUUGCAGAUACUGUUUAUUCGACUUCACGUAUACCACCAAAGAAUCCAAGAAGGAGGAAAUGGCCUUUUUCACAUGGGCUCCAGAUUGCUGUAGCAUAAAGGACAAGAUGCUUUAUGCCAGCUCUCAAGAUGCCAUCAAAAAGAAAUUUUCAGGUCUCAAACACGGGUGGCAGUUUAACGACAGUGCAGACAUGGAGUGCGAGUGUGUGGCUGAGAAAUUUGGAAGUGAUGUGAUCUCCCUGGAGGGCCACACGAUCUGUGGCCACCCCUAAGAGCAGCAGCAAUCCUUCUGAAGAGGAAGCGGGCUGAGUCAGAGCUGAUGAGUGCCAUCGAAAACCACAUUACUCUUAAAAUAUUGCCGCCUUAGUUAAGUGCUCCCUGUGUCCAAGUUCUUCAGGACUUGGUGUCUCUAAUAUUUUUAUCCUAACGUGGAGAUCUCAUUUGGCUUUGCAUGUUAUUUUUCUUAUGACUUAUUUGCCAUGUCAAACUUUUUAAGUUUUCAAGAAACAAAGGCUAAUCACAGACUAUACAUUUGGAGAAAGGACCCCCCCACCCCGCUGCACUUACUUUAGUUACACACUAAAAAUUGAAGCUAACUGAAAACGAUCCUGACUUGUAAGUAAUUUUCUGAGUGGUUUCUGGUCAUUAAUGUAGACUGAGCGCACCACCUCCCUCAGUCUGGUUGUUGCCCUUCUUUCUUUUUCAAUAGAAUUGUUACACCGGGUUUGGUGCAGAAACAUAAAACUCAUUUGGAACACCCCCCCCCCACCAAGCAGUAAAAUGACAAACAUGAUAUCUGGAGCCUUUACAGUGCAACUUUGUAUCUGAGAUCACAGCAAGCCACUUUGCAAUAAAAGUCAGAAAAAUCUGA